AUGAACGUUCUGCUACCAACACAUCCUUCGUCCUUCAGCCAGUACCCGCUCUAUCACCACGACGCCCAUCAAAACCUUGCCUCUCCUCAUACUCCAUCCAGGAUGACCACCCGAAAGAGAAAAGCCGACGACGACGGCCACGAUGAGAGCAUGUCCAUCUCGCCCCAGGCAUCCCCCGCUUUUGCAGCUCGUCCUCUGGCUCGCCCGUCAAAGAAAGUCAGAGCCAACGAAAUCAGCGGUCGACCCCUCGCUCUCCCCCGUCUCCUCGAAACCCUAGAUGCCGAUUCUCUCCGAUCCGUUCUCCAAACAAUAUGCGAGCGUCAUCCCCAGAUUGGUUCAGAGGUGGUUUCGUCAGCUCCUAGACCGUCCGUGGCUUCCACGGUCGAAGUUCUGUCUAAGUAUCAAGACAAGUUGCGAGAAGCCUUUCCAUUCGGUGGAAAUGCUGGCUCAGACUAUGCCUACAACCGAGUCAAGCAACAACUAAACGAGCUGAUCGAUGCCUUGACCGACUUUACACCUCACUACCUUCCUCCUAACGAAAACCAAACCACCGUAUCCCUCACCUACCUAGACCACGCAACCAAAGUCAUCCACGAUCUCCCCGAGUGGGACAGCCAAUCUCACAAACACCACAAAGAUAACGCUUACGACGAGAUCUCGAGAGCUUGGGCGGUUGUCAUCAGUGAGGCUUCGAAACGUGGUGGAGGAUUUCAAUUACAUUCCGGUGGAUGGGAUCAAAGACUAUCCAAGCACAACGAGCAGAGUGGAGGACGUAUGCAAGCUGCUCUUAAUGCUCUUGGAUCAAAUCUUGGUUGGAUGGGUGGGAUGGGUGCUGGCUCAGGCUCGGGUUCCAACGACUCUGGAUCGAUCCGCAAUCAAUUACUGAAUGGAACCUAUGGUGCUAGUCCUGGUAAUAUGCCUGUCCGUGUUGGACUUUGGUAA